AAAACAAGAUCAAAAUGAGCUUCCGUCUCAACUACUUGCGAAGAGCCGAGUUUUUACAAAUGCUCAAAAGCCACACCUGGUAAUGAGCGGAACUUGAGUUUUCUGCUGAUUACAUUACGACAAUGACUGCAUGUGCGAGUUGUGAAUUCUGAUUUGGCGAUGAGGGGUCUCGCCGGUAAUGGCUAAUGAUAUUUGUCAGUUUCUACAGCUCUAUAACUCAAACUUAAACACCCUUCACGGAUACUUGAUAAGUUUUUCUAUCUUACAAAGUAUUAUUUGUCGAUUGAAGACAAGAAACAAAAACCAGCAGCAACAAUCAAUCAGAUUACCAACAUCGGCAGCCGGAUCCAACAGAGCAGAGCCGCUGACCAAUCACAGACUCCGAUUUCAAAUUUGCCAAAAAGAGAAGAAAACAGUUACUGAAAAAUACUAUCAGUCCAUCAAUUCUUCAACUAUUGACAAAUAGAAUACGCGAAAAAAAAAACUAAAACUAAAACUAAACAACACGAAAGAGUUUUUCUCGCGAAGAACUUCCAGAAACCAGACCUGAAGAUCGAACGUUUUGCGAUUCCUCAAGAUGCAAGUGCACCGAAAUUUUGACUCAUCGCGAUUCAACCUCGCCAAUGCACAACAGCAAUCACAUAUCUUACAGUGCCAGUUGGACAAAGUGAUGAGUGAAGCAGUGGGAGGAGGAGCCAUUUCAUCGGCCUACAAUCCUCAUCCAUCUCCACAAUGUCACAACAUUAGCAGUAGCAGUAGCCAAUCAAAAGUAUGCAGAUGUGCUGCAUGCAUGAACACCAACAGUAACAGUGGUGCCAAAGUGCUCACGCGAGAGGAGGAAUUCAUACUAAAAUAUGGACUUCUGGCUAACAAUAACGGAUCAUCGCAGCCACCAUCUUCCUCCCCCAACAGUGCGACGGCAGUCAAGGAAAACACCUACCCCCUCCGAGUAUGGCUGGAGGAAAACCGAGACAACCCCUACCCCACCAAAAGCGAGAAACUCAUGCUAUCAAUUGUCACCAAAAUGACCCUUACUCAAGUCAGCACGUGGUUCGCUAACGCACGAAGACGUCUGAAGAAAGAACGAAGGCCCGAACAUGAGUUCUCGUUGCAUGAUUUUUACCCCUUCCCUCUGUAUCAGCCUAUUAUAGCCCCCCAUUCUUUUUACCCAAGUGGGCCAGCUGCCCCCCACAUUCCAAAACUUGUACCGCAACUUGUAAACCAUGCUUUACUUGCACCGCCGCCUCAGCCUCAGCCGCAAGCCUUUCAACCCGCAAUUCGGGUGUUGCCUGCCAAUCAAAACCAGAGUUCUCUUAUUUCACACUCGAUCAUCCAAGAAUACCUAAUGAGUCACAGAGAAGCUUUGAACGCUUUGAGAAGUAAAAGUUCAGAAGAUAAUCGUUUCAUAAGGUCAGCUGGGAUUGAGACUAAACCAGCCGAUGGACAGGAAAGGUUGCUUGAACUCAUUCUUAAAAGAAAUAACAAACCAGCAGAGCCUCAACCCAGAUUAUCUACAAUUUCACCUAAUGUCACUACUGCAGAAGCGCGUAAAACCUCAGAAAAAGAACCAGUUCCACCCAAAAAGUCCAACGAAAUGCCAAGAAACAUUUGGUCUAUCGUUGAAACCCUGAAAAAACAAGACAACUCUUAACUAUCUUAAAAAAACUCAAAUCUUCCAAACUUCAGUCUAAAAUAGCUUUAUCUUUCUAUACAAAUCUUUAAAAAGUAAAAUUGAGACAUAAGAUGUUGUCAUAAAUACAGGGGCGAAUCUAGGAUGAAUAACGUUCUUAUUUCACUUGCGAGUGCAAGUGAG